CAUGAAUUUGCUCUUUUUAAGUUAUCGGGUCAGUCUAACUAGGGCUCUUCCGAUUAGCAUAUACAAUUAUUUUGAUAUGAUAUCAUUAUUUGCCGGAAAAUUAGUUGUUAUAUUGUCAUGGAUUUUCGUAUGGAAUAUUCGCGUUGUCAACGGGGAGGAUCCCUUAUUAGAAUGGGAUCUAACCAUAGAAGAACGAGUUCAAAAGCACGGCUACCCGAUACGCACCCAUCAAAUAGAAACAGACGACGGAUAUUAUAACUCCCUUUACAACAUCCCUUACGGCCUAAACGGUAAACACAAGGACACCAAAAACAAAUCAAACGUGCUCAUCGCUCACGGCAUGGGUGGUUCUCCCCACAACUUCAUCGUACUCGGCGUCGAGGGAUCUGCCCCUUAUUACUUUGCCAAUAAGGGGUUGAACGUGUGGUUGUUCGCCGCCAGGGGAUCAGACGGCUCGUUUCAGAAGAAGCACAAGUUCUGGGAUUGGGAGAAGGACACUCAGUACUGGAAUUACUGUAUGCACGAAAUUGGAAAAUACGACUUGGCAGCGGCAAUAGACUUCAUCUACAACCAAACCGGUAAUAAAGUGGCCGUUGUCGGACAUUCUGCGGGUGGAAACGAGCUUCACAUCUUGCUCUCCGAACGUCCCGAAUAUUCCAGUAAAAUGUCUGUUGGAAUCAACUGGGGUAGCUCACCCAUCAUAAGACUAUUGGACUCCCCGCUUUGGUUAUUUGGGACAUUACUCGUGGAUAUCUGGAAGGCUAUCGCGAAAUAUGGUAAUUUCAAGGAAGUGCCCCGUGUUCAAACGUUUAGACCGGUUUUAAAGAAAAUGUGUUCCGAUCCCGGAUGGCAGAAGGUGUGCACGAUGACCACCUGGGUAAUUGGAUCUCAACGGUCACGAGUACAACAUCCGGAUGUAAUAAGAUUACUAACCAGCAACAUCCCUAGACUGUCAAGUAGAAUGGUAUUUCAGUUUUGCGAUAAUAUAAAUGCUGGUGUAUUUAGCCAAUACGACUUUGGAACCAAAGGCAACCUGAAACGCUACGGCCAAAAACGACCUCCAAAGUACCACUUGAACAACACGAUGACCCCGAUCGCAUUUUUUGUCGGACCAGGAGAUAGGGUCGUUCCCAGAAGUGAUGUCUGCGAGGCAGUGAAACAAAUAGGAAAUCCCGUUUUAGUUUACGACAUCCCUUUCGAUAAGUACAGCCAUACGGACUUUAUUUUGGGACACAACAGUUCGGAAUUGGUGUAUAAACCCACCUAUGAACUGAUACGUGAUAUUGAUGCCGGGAAUUUUACUAAGGAUGUUAAUUGUUAGCUGUUUUUUAAAUGUGAUUUUAAUAAAGCACGUUUAAUCAA